UGAAAAAUUCCAAAAAGGGGAAGGAAAAGAAGAAGAGAAAUAUAUUGAUGUAGUCAUCAAUAAAAAUAUGAAGUUGGGACAGAAAGUUUUGAUUCCAGUAAAACAGUUUCCUAAGUUCAACUUUGUGGGAAAACUUUUGGGUCCACGUGGCAAUUCUCUAAAGCGUUUACAGGAAGAAACACUGACAAAAAUGUCUAUUUUGGGAAAAGGUUCUAUGAGGGACAAGACAAAGGAGGAAGAGUUGAGAAAAAGUGGAGAGGCAAAGUACUUCCACCUAAAUGAUGACCUGCAUGUUCUAAUUGAAGUAUUUGCUCCACCAGCAGAGGCAUAUGCCAGAAUGGGACAUGCAUUGGAAGAAAUCAAGAAGUUCCUCAUCCCUGACUACAACGAUGAAAUCAGACAGGCACAGCUUCAAGAAUUAACAUAUUUGAAUGGUGGCUCAGAAAAUGCAGAAGUUCCAGUAGUUCGUGGGAAACCAUCUAUUCGAGCCAGAGGAGUGCCGGUUCCUGCUCUCUCCAGGGGCCGUGGAGGGGUGCCUCCACCACCAGCAGGAGUACCAAGAGGGGCACCAGCACCCAGAGGCGUGCCUCCCAGUAGAGGUCCAGUCAGUCGCAGCCGGGGACUUCUAGCACCCAGGACAAGAGGAGUGCCUCCUCCUGCAGGCUACCGGCCCCUCCCGCCGCCUCCAGCCCAGGAAACCUAUGGGGAAUAUGAGUAUGAUGAUGGUUAUGGAACUGCUUAUGAUGAACAAAGCUAUGAUUCCUAUGAUAACAGCUAUAGCACUCAAGCACAAAGUGGGGCAGAUUACUAUGACUAUGGCCACGGGCUGAGUGAAGAGACAUACGACUCCUAUGGGCAAGAAGAAUGGACCAACUCACGACACAAGGCACCUUCUGCAAGGACAACAAAAGGAGUCUACAGAGACCAGCCAUAUGCCAGAUACUGAUUGUACUGUCUGAUGUGAAAUAUCCAAUCUCCACCAGUCCUGUAUACUGUUCAAAGUAAUUUUUUCUAUGAACAAUCCCUUUUUAUUAAUUCAAAGCGUAUAAAAAUCUGAAUGGAUGGACUGAAUUUAAAAUACUUUGUUGAAAGACAACCUGGACAGAAGCAUAUGUAAAACAAGGAACUUUGUUAUUUCAGACUGUAUUUGCAAAAAUAGGUGAUCAAAAAAAUAACCUUUGAUUAACUAGUGUUAAACAAAAAAUAGGUUUACUAAAUAUGUUAGUCCAUUCUUUUAACAUAAGCGUAACCUUUUAUUUUAAAGGUUUUCAACAACUUAGUUUUUAGUUUUUAUUUUCAGCCAUUUGCUAGAUUUUCUCUUUGCAAACAUGCGUAAAAAGGGAAACAGAUUACAAAUGCAAAUAAUGUGGUAUUUUGUAACUCGAGUCUUGAAAUGUUCUGUAGUGUUAAGCAAAGUUUUACCCUUGCUUGAUACUAAAUAAACUUUUGAAAGAAAAA